GGCAGAAUUGUGCGAAAUGCGCAGAUAAGCCAUUAAUAAAAGAAGAAGAAGAGAAGAAUUCUUGUUUUAUUUAUCCAGUUUUAAAUAAAUUGGCGUUAUCAGGCGGUCAAAUACUUCCAGUCGUUGUGAUUCGUCGUUAUAAAUUGACGUGAUUUUUAAUCAUAGAUAUUUUUAUAUCACUACCCUUCGACCAUCAAUUGUUUAAGACAAUAGUGGGCCUUAUUCAAUCGACACCAAUAACCAUCAAAUUAUUUCACAAUAUAUUGAAAAGAAGUCGGAGACGAAGACAUGGAAAAGGAGUGAUGACAGAGUGCAGUAGUGAGAGGAAUCGGUGAGCGCGGCAAGAAGUGGAAAUGUCGAACGUGGAGAACGUGUGCCCGCAGGUGCUGCGCGGAGUGGCGCGGGAACUGCGGCGGCUGGCGGCGCGCCCGCCCGCUGGCGUCAAGCUGGUGCUGCGCGAGGACGACCUCACAGACGUCGUCGCUCAUAUUGACGGACCUGCGGACACCCCGUACGCGGGCGGCGUGUUCCGGCUGCGGCUGGUGCUGGGGCGCGAGUUCCCGGCGGCGCCGCCGCGCGCGUACUUCCUGACGCGCAUCUUCCACCCGAACGUGUCGCCCGCCACGGGCGAGGUGUGCGUGAACACGCUGAAGCGCGACUGGCGGCCCGAGCUGGGGCUGGAGCACGCGCUGCUGGCGGUGAAGUGCCUGCUCAUCGCGCCCAACCCCGAGUCGGCGCUGAACGCGGAGGCGGCGGCGCUGCUGCGCGACCACUACGGGGCCUACUUCGCGCGCGCCAAACUGCUGGCCGACAUCCACGCGCGCCCGCUGCACGCCCGCCCCGAAGCGCAGGAAGGGCCCGCGGAGAGCGCCGAGGGCGGCGCGCGGUCGGAGGAGGGCCCCUGUGCCAAGCGCGAGCGCCGCCCCCCGCCCGCCGCCGCGUCCGCGCCCGCGCCCGCCUCCGCCUCCGCUCCCGCCUCCGCCUCCGCCUCCGCCUCCGCCUCGGCUCCGGCGCCCGCGCCCGCGCCCCGCCCCGCGCCCUCCAAGGACAAGGAUCGCCGUCGCAUCCUCAAGCGGUUAUGAGCGCACGGCGAAUGCCGCCUCGAACUUAAGUUAUAUUGUGGAGUGUCAGUCUGUUAUUAUGUUCAAUAAAUAUAUCGUAUCGAAGCCGCUUUUCAUUACGUAUACUUUUAUGCCUCGUAUCGUUUAUGUGCCGGUCGACGUUCGACAGUCCGCCGGCUCGC